AUGGCGAUUGGCUACAGCGGGCACAACGAUCUGGUCCAGGCGUGCCAGGCGCUGGCGCGCGAGGUGGAGCAGGCGAAACUGGCUGUGGAGGAGAUUGACCAGAUCAACCUGGCAAAGAGAUUGAUGCUGGGCGAGCGGUGCGAGGAUGUUGGCGCGCCGGAGCUGCUCGUUCGCACCAGCGGCAAGCAGCGGCUGAGCAAUUUCAUGCUGUGGCAUCUCGCAUACUCGGAGCUCGUGUUUGAGAAGAUGCCCUGGUCUUUGUACAAUGGGCACAAAAAGCCUGGGGAUGAACUUUUUUGGCGGGAGUGA